GGAAGCUCGGGAUUGGCUGGCCUCCUGGGUGGCCUGGGCGGUGUUCGCCGGGCUCGUGACCAUCCACUGCCAUGGCCGGACCUGGCGCCGCUUUCCGCCGCCUGGGCGCCUUGUCUGGAGCCGGGGCCCUGGGCUUGGCCUCCUACGGGGCCCACGGCGCCCAGUUUCCGGAUGCCUACGGAAAGGAGCUCUUUGAAAAGGCCAACAAACACCACUUCUUACACAGCCUGGCCCUGUUAGGGGUGCCCCAUUGCAGAAAGCCCCUCUGGGCCGGGUUACUCUUAGCCUCUGGAACCACCUUGUUCUGCACCAGCUUUUACUACCAGGCUCUGAGUGGAGACACCAGCAUCCAGGCUCUGGCCCCUGUGGGAGGGAGCCUUCUGAUCUUGGGCUGGCUUGCCUUGGCUCUUUGAGCGUCCCUGUGUUUAAUUUCUGGGUACAUUUUUUUUAGAGGUGACACAGGGAGGGGAUUAAAAGAGAAAGGCAAAGAAGUAUGGAGUCUUUGUUCAUCUAACCUCUUGGAUGAGGAAGGGUAGGGAUUGUCAACCUCUGAACUCCCUCCCUUUCUAAGAUGACUGUGAGCUUUGGGUCUGAGGACUGUUCACUUCAAGUUAAUCUGCUAUGAGGUUCUUAAACUCACAACAGAGUGAUAAAUAAUACUUGAAGAUUCUCUUGGAAGCCCUCUUCAAGGCCUGGAACCUAUAUUUUAAUAAGCUCAUCUUGUGGUUCUGGUGCUUACUAGAAUUUCAAGAUUACUGUAGGGUUUUCAGUCCUGUCAUUCCACAAAUUGAGCGCUCAUUUAGUCCGGAAGCCAAGUUUAAGGCAAGGCAGGACAGAAGGAAUGUCAUUACAGAAGCCCCCCUCAACCCCUUAGCUGUGGUUUGCUUUCCACAAUUUCACGUCUACCCAUGGUCAUCUGUGGCCCAGAAAUACAAAGUAGAAAAUUCCAGAAAUAAACAAUUUAUACUUUUUA